AUGGACCCUCGCCCGCUCCCCUGGGCGCUGGUGCUGCUGAGCCCGGCCCUGGUACUGGCUCUGGGCCGCCCGCCCGCCCCGGAGGCGCCAGAGAAGCUGUGUGGCCACCAUUUCGUUCGUGCGCUGGUGCGAGUGUGUGGGGGUCCGCGCUGGUCCCCCGAGGCCGGGCGGCCAGUGGCUGGCGGUGACCGUGAGCUGCUGCAAUGGCUGGAAGGACGACAUCUCCAUGGCCUGAUGGCCAAUGAGGACCCCAUGCUGGUACUCGACCCACAGCCCCUACCCCAGGCCUCUCACCAUCACCACCACCACCGCCGCCGGGCAGCUGCCACCAACCCUGCCCGCCACUGCUGCCUCAGUGGCUGCACCUGGCAAGACCUGCUGACCCUCUGUCCCCACUGA